GGCGGGAGUCCGCAGGACGCAUGCGCCGAGGCGCGCUGUCUGGCCGCAGCUGAUAGGGCCUGCCUGGGCGAGCGGGAGCUGUGUGGGGAGUCCGCGCGCCGCGGCCUGGGCCGCCGCGGCUGCUUCGGCGCCCGCUCGCCUCGCCAUGUCCGAGGCGUAUUUCCCCGUGGGCCCUGGGCUGGGCCUCGAGGAGAACUUCUUGUCGCUGGACGACAUCCUCAUGUCACAGGAGAAGCUGCCAGGCCGCGCCGAGAGCACCCUGCCCCGCCUGGCCUUCGCGCUGGGCCAAGGGGCCGGCGCCGGCUCGGGUGACUCCAUCCCUGAGGGAUCAAAGCUGGAAAUACCUCUGUGGCUUGCUAAAGGGUUACAUGACAGCAAGAGAAGAAUAAUUUCCAUGGAACUGCCAAAGAUUUACAAGGAAGCCUGGAGGACAGUGUUCAGUGCUGAUGCCAAUGUGGUUGAUCUGCAUAAAAUGGGGCCAUACUACUAUGGAUUUGGCUCCCAGCUCCUGAACUUUGACAAUCCAGAGAAUCCUGAGAUAGCUCAGACUAUCUUGCAGACAUUUAUUAGCCGCUUUCGUCGUAUUAUGGACUCCUCUCAGAAUGCCUACAACGAAGACACAUCGGCGCUGGUGGCUCGACUGGAUGAAUUGGAGCGAGCCUUAUUUCGAGCUGGUCAGAAAGGGCUGAAUGACUUUCAGUGCUGGGAGAAGGGACAGGCUUCUCAAAUCACAGCUUCCAGUCUGGUCCAGAAUUACGGGAAAAGAAAGUUCACGGAUAUGGAUGGUUGAAAGCCUGAGGAACAUGGAGCUGCAGUGGAGGACACUGAAAUAUCUACAGUCUGUCUGGCACAGAAAAGAAAGAUGAAUCAGCUUUGUGAAAGGCCAGACUCCUUGUCCAUUAAUGGGAAUUUUUCUCCAUAACAUCUUUGGAUUAGACAAGUGCAGACUUUAAAGGCAGAUGGCAGAUGUAUAAAAAAAAAAAUAAUAGAUUGCAGCACAGGAUAGCUUUACAGCUUACUCAUACCACUCCUGAGAAUUUGCAGUUCUAGUGUUUCCUCCAUGGCUGAAAGGAUAAGAGAGGCUUUUCUGAAAGGCUAAUUAAUAUUUAUUAUUCUUUAUCUUCCGAAUUGAUACUUACAGUACCAGAUCUGUAUGGGGGGGGGGGAGUGUAAUUCCUUAUAUUUCUUCUUGUCAUUUGCCUUCCAACCUCCUGGGAACUGCUGUUUCCAUCUUCCCCAUUCUUUGGGGAACCCCAGUGAUGUGAAAAAAGUGUGGUACAAACUGCCCUGAUUUUUUUUCUCAUAUUGUGAUACAUAGAGGUGUAGCAGCUACUCUUCAUUCCGCAUGAAGGUUUUGUUUGUUUUUUGGUAGCUUUUGUAUGUGGUAUUAGUGCAGAGAAGAAUACCCUCUGUUUAUCCAUGCAACAAUUGAAGCUGCCUUGCAGGUCUCAAAUGCUGCCUUGUUCUCUCCCUCCCUUUUGCCUGCCUCAUCAGGGAGCCUUGAUUCUGUGUAGCGGGGAGGGUGUUCUCAUUUGAUGUGGGCAGCUUUUGUGAUGGAGACAACUCUACAAUGGGGCCUGUGUUGAAUUCCUCAGCUCAUUUUACAGAGGAGCUAUCAGGAAGCUUCAAUGUGUCAGUCUGCGCUGGAUCAAAAGCAACAACUUUAGUGGAAACUGUCCCCCAUUAUUAGCCUGAGCCAUCUGUUUUCCCUUGAGAAAUUCUGAUUGCUAAAUUUGGCUAGUAAUGAAGAGACAGAGCAAAUGAAUUGAGUCUCCUUCUUUCUGAUCCAUCAGUAAAACAUUCUAGUAAAUGUCAUUUUUGCCAAUGGGAGCAAUUAGAAUUGGAACUUGCUAAACAGCACAAUAGUUAUUAUCCUAUAUAGAUGUAGCGGUCCUUAAAUCUAGAUUUUGUGUAAAUCCCAUUGGAUAAAUGGGAGACGGAAAACACAUGGUUCCCUCUGUAGGAAGCAUUUUCUGAGGUCAACAGAAUGGUCAUCCUUUGGAAGUAAAUAUUAGGCGUUUUAAGGGUGUUUCUAAACAUCUGUAGAAGGUGGCCCUUGGGGAGUAACUUAAGAGGAGGGGCUGGAUCAUAGUGGUACUGAGCACUCCCUCCUCUUUGGUAGGAGCAGACAUGAAAUAAAACUCUCAAGAUCUUGUACAUCAAGAUCCAAAUCUUGUAGGAGCUGUUAUUGUAAUUGCAAAUGCAGUUGGAUAUCAGAUAUGUUGAACUGGGUAAAGUACAAAGGGCUCAUGGCCAUUCCUUGGACAAGACGAGUGAAAGCUCUGCCUCUGGAGGCUGAGAGAGAGACCUGGGUGCUGGAUCCAAAAGCACCUUGGCAUCUCUGCCUGAGAAGUGCAGGGCCAGCUGUCCUGCCACAGGAGACUGCCCGGAAGGUGUGCCUGACAAAGGCUUUCCGAUAUGUGCAGAAUCAAGUGCUGCUGCACUUAAUGACUUAAUGGCACAUAAUAGCCUAUGCAUUUUCAUGAAAUGUCUGUGUAUUUUUCCAUUUCUGGAUUUGUAUGUGAAUAAAUAUUUUGUAAGGGGA